GAAUUCGAUACCUACAUAUAAAUUAGUAUAUCCUGUUUCUCAAAAAAUUAAAAAAAAAAAUCAAGACAUACAAGGCGUGGCGACCAAACCCGGUUGGAGCAUGUGAACCGGACAGAAGGAGAGAUAUAGGGGGAGAAAGAACAAUUCCGCGCCAAGGAGGAGCAAAAAUAAGAGAAAAUUACCUAAAACCAGAAGCUGAACCCUAAAAUUGAUGGCUGAAAAAUUGGCCCCCGAAAAACGUCACAGCUUCGUCCACAACGGCCAGAAGGUGUUCGAGUGGGACCAAACGCUUGAAGAAUUGAACAUUUACAUAACUCUUCCUGAAAAUGUUCCUAAGAAGUUAUUUUACUGCAAGGUUGAAUCCAAGCAUUUGGAAGUUGGGAUCAAAGGCAACCCUCCUUAUCUUAAUCACGAUCUUAUGAACCCAGUUAAGACCGAUUGUUCCUUCUGGACUCUAGAGGAUGAUACAAUGCAUGUAACUUUGCAGAAGAGGGAUAUAGGUCAGACAUGGUCUUCUCCCAUAAUGGGUGAAGGGCAAUUGGAUCCUUUAGCCAGUGAUCUUGAACAGAAGAGGCUCAUGCUCCAAAGGUUCCAAGAAGAGAAUCCAGGUUUUGACUUCUCACAGGCACAAUUCUCCGGUAAUUGUCCUGAUCCAAGGACCUUCAUGGGGGGAAUCCGCUCAACUUGAUAUUUACUAUCUUCAAAGUUUCUUUAUAACUAUGGACCUUCCUAAUAUGCAUUGUCAUGGCAAGAAGCAAGGUGAUAAGCUGUCCACUGGAAUUCCUAAUUGUAUUUUGAAGCAUCAGUUCUUGGUAACCAUCUUGUUUACUUGAUAACAUUGAUUGGUCACUUCUGUGUUGAAUGAAUAUAAUUGCAUAUGAACAUCUCUAGACUACGAUAUUGUCUUUCUUUUA